AAUAUUCCCCCUACUUGUUUUUCAAAAAAACACAUGCGCGAUGCGAAACCUAACCUCUUAUUGCCCAAACACGCCGUGUAAACAACUACCACUGCUAUUCGCAGGUCAGUAUUCACAGCCAUGAAAAGUCGUCUGCAUCUCAUCUGUCGUCUGCAGCACCUCUGACAGGCACCUAGUCAAAAUUCGAAUUUAAUCAUAGACUUUGAAGGGACCUUAAAGUAGUGAAAUAAACCCCUUUCAAUUUUUAAAGGUGUUUCUUAAGUGCUUCUGAUAAGUCAGCUUGGAAGUGCUCCUGUAAGCAUGUUGGCAUAUAUUGAUUUGGUAGCUGGCUGGACCAUCUCCACUGUCAUUACUUCUUUUUGAAAGAGUUCCUGGGAUUGAAUUAAAAUGAGAGCAAUAGCUUGGUCAGUAUGGGUGUUCAUAAAUUUUGUUUUUCUUGGCAUGUGUGGCUUCUUUUAUAUACUCUGCUCCCAAUAUUGGGGUUACGUAGAGCGUAGACAUGCUUUUAUGGAUGCAUACACCAACAAGAAAAGCAAUAUUGGCCAACAUCACAUCCAGUAUUAUACAGAGGCAGAAAAUCAUUUGGAUCAUGCUAAGAAAUUACUGGACAGCCCAAUCAAAGACGACCUGGCACGCAAAGCACGUGCAUCACCCUUAGCUCGAGAUAGGCAUGAAAAUUCUGAAGAUAAGAAGAAAGGAGCCAAAACUUCUUUGACCACCCACACAGAAAGGCCUAAUAGCAAAUUAAUGGAGAAAAUUUCGAAACACAAGAGCCAUUUGAUGAUUCAGUUGCGUCGAGUACUGCAUGAUGAAAGCAGUGUUUUCAAAGCGAGAGGGGAAGGAAGCAACCCUUAUAAUGUUGAAUACCUUGGCCCAAGGGGGUCGUAUGACAAAAAGACUGCUCGAGAACUUGUGUGUGCCCUUAAAAAAUCUGGCAUUGUGCGAACUGUUGUGAAGGAUGAUGAACCAUUUAAGUCUAUGGAUCUGGGAGACAGUUUCCCUCAACAGCCAUUAUUUGGGGAUGAUCAAAUUUAUGAGAGUUGUGCUGUUGUAAGUAGUGCAGGGUCACUUCAUGGAUCUGAUCUUGGAAGAACCAUUGAUGACCAUGAUGUUGUCCUACGCUUCAACCAUGCACCAACUGAAGGGUAUGAAGCUGAUGUUGGGCAAAAGACCACAAUAAGAGUGGUUAAUUCUCAAGUCGUUUCAAAGCCCGAGUAUAAUUUUCUUGAUUCACCACUCUACAAGGACAUAAAAAUUGUUGCAUGGGACCCAUCGAAGUACAAUCAUACUAUGGACCAGUGGUACAAGAAUCCGGACCAUGACAUAUUCACUUCUUAUUUCAAACAUCGAUCUUUGAAUCCCGACACACCCUCGUUUCUCCUGAACCCAUCAUCUUUAUGGGAUCUUUGGGAUUAUAUUCAAGCUCUGAUGCCUCUUCGGGUCAGGCGCAAUCCCCCAUCAUCUGGAUUUCUCGGGUUAGCACUUCUUCUUCCUCACUGCACCCAUGUGGAUAUGUUUGAAUUUAUUCCUUCCUUUCGCAUGACAAAACGUUGCCAUUACUACGAUCAUGUAGAUGAUAUGUCAUGUACGUUUGGCGUAUGGCAUCCAUUAUCAGCUGAAAAACUUCUCUUACUUUCAAUGAACAUAGCCAAUCAGACUACAGUGUUUCGUGAUGGAUAUAUUCGCAUUCCUGGGUACCAAACUCUUGGUUGUAGUGACUGAUCUAUUUUAUUCAGUAAUAAACUUUGAGAGUUGGUAUCUUGUUAUCAGUAUUUGAUUUAGUGUAAGUAACCAGCUCAAAGUAUUUUAACGUUUUUGAGACUUUUUACUUUAUUAUAAUCUUUUCAUGUUAUAAGCCAAAGUCUUUGUCUUCUCAUUUAACAUUUUUGUGGUAUGAACAUACUGUUCCUGUUCUCAUACCAUCUUUCUCAACCAAAAAACAAUCUAGUCAUUUUCGUUGACAUACAUUUUAGCUGUGAUAAAGAGUCUAUGUUCAAUUUUUUUCUUAGGAGUAGAUCAACAUUCAUUGGUAUGAAGCUAUAAUUUAUUGUCAGUAAUCUCAGCAAAUACGUCUGUUUUACUCAUUGUUGA